CUGGCUUAAAGGCUUCACUAUCAGAUAUCAUCUGGAAACUAGUUAUAUAAGAGCAACUGCUACCUCUACACAGUGGUCAGUCCUGGACAUGGAAGAGCAGGGGAAGCCACUCAAGAUUAUCAUUGUGGGAGGAGGGCUGGUGGGUUCCCUAAGUGCCUGUUAUUUCGGCAAGCGUGGACAUGAAGUGCACCUCUACGAGUACAGGCAAGAUAUCCGCACCACAGAACUCGUGCAGGGGAGAUCUAUCAACCUGGCAAUGUCUGCUCGUGCUCGUGCAGCCCUGCGUGAGGUGGGGUUAGAGGACACCAUGCUGCGUCAUGGUAUCCCCAUGCACGCUCGCAUGAUCCAUGGGCUAGAUGGCUCAUUGCAUCAGAUACCAUAUGAUGCCAGGGGAAAACAGAGUAUUUAUUCUGUCGGCCGCAAGUAUCUCAAUGAAGUGCUUUUGACAGCUGCUGAGAAGUUCUCCAAUGUCAAGAUUCACUUCGAGCACAAGCUGGUCCACACUCGUCUAGAAGCAGGUUUAGUCACGUUCAAAAGGACUGCACUGAAUGACGAGUACACGGACCACGCAGACCUGGUAGUAGGAGCUGACGGAGCUUACUCAGCUGUGCGGGCACAGUACAUGAAGAGACCAAUGUUUGACUACAACCAAACCUACAUCCAACACGGUUACAUGGAACUCUGCAUCCCUCCCACCCAGGAUGGACAGUUUGCCAUGAAGCCGAACUAUCUGCACAUCUGGCCGAGAGGGUCAUUCAUGAUGAUCGCCUUGCCCAACCAAGACUGCUCUUGGACUGUUACACUGUUCAUGCCAUUCUCUCAGUUCUCCGCUCUUGAUUCUCCUGUCCGCCUCCUCAACUUCUUCCACACCCACUUCCCUGACUCCAUCAGUCUCAUAGGGAAAGAGAAGCUCGUUCACGACUAUUUUGCUGCUUCACCGUCCAACCUUGUCUCUGUCAAGUGUGGGCCCUACAAUGUUGGCAGCAGUGCUGUGCUAAUAGGGGAUGCAGCUCAUGCUAUGGUGCCAUUCUAUGGGCAAGGAAUGAAUGCAGGAUUUGAAGACUGCCAGUUGUUGGACAGGAUACUGACAGAGAGUGGGUGGGACUUGCAGACGGCUCUACCCCAGUUCUCUUCUUUCCGCAGACCUGACGCUCAUGCCAUCUGUGAUCUUGCCAUGUACAACUAUGUUGAGAUGCGUGACUUGGUGACCAGGCAAAGUUUCCUGUGGCGCAAGAGGCUGGACAAUGCCCUCUACUGGAUGUUCCCGUCACUCUGGGUUCCACUCUACAACUCUGUCACCUUCUCGGACAUGAGGUACAGUCACUGCGCGAGCAACAAGCGCUGGCAGGACAAGAUGGUGUCCAGAGGGUUGCGAGUGGCCUGUGUCUUCCUGUGUCUUACCACAGUCUACUGCAGCGUUUCUUGGUGGCCUUCACUGCGUCAGACUCUUCAUCCUCACUUUACCAGUGUUUUUCUCUUUUCUCCGUUAUUGUCGUAAUCUCUCAGUCUGCAUUAGAACAAUCACAAAUGUUUCAAGCAAUACAGUUUAUAACAAAAUUUGAUUCUGGUUAUUGGCAAAGGGUAGAUAUAAAAAAUUUAAGCAUUGGUGGAGGCAUUUUGCAAUUCCAUGAGA